ACCCAAAAAGGGUGACGAAUCAGGAUCGAUCUUAAGGGACCAAUUAGUAUUUAUCCUUUGAUCAAUAAAGAUUUGACAAGCGAGACGGUGUCGGUUUAAUGCUCAUCAAGCCAAGUAGAACUGUGAAGAGCUUCACAAACAUUAUACUCCAGGGUUUUUUAUUGUGUGCAGUUCUGUUUAGGUAUGGCCGAUUCGAAAUCGAAGCUUCAAAGUAAACUGCGAUGCCAUCACUGUGCAGGCCCUCUUUCCAAGGAGAUGGAAACUAGCGAAUGGACUGUUGCACCGUUAAUCAGGGACAGCUUUUCCAUGAUUGGCUCUGCUGUUGGUGGUACAACAAGUGCAUUCUAUGGAUUCAACCAUGUUAUGCCAGUUGUUCGGAAGUGGGUGAAAGGGCCAAUGUGGCUGCAUUUCCUUAUUGGCGCACCACCCGUAAUAGUUUUCUCUUCAGCCUGUGCAGGUUUAGUAGGUGGUGCUGUUCCAGCGGUAGCCCAACUCGCAUCAUCUUCUUACCACGCAGCAGUCUCAUCCCCUUCGCUGCCUCCUCCUCCAAAAGAUCAAAAGAUGCAUGGCUCCAGAAGUUCCUCUACUUUGUAGGAGAUGCACAAUUCCACAUAUAAAGCAAUGUUGCAAGUGCACAGAUGGAGGGAGAGAGAGGGAGGGCACCUGCUUUUGUAUAUGCUCACCACAAUAUUCGCUUGAUGAGGCGUUAUAAGCCUUUGUAGCAUGCUAUAUGCUAAUUAAUUUUGGUUCAUUUCAUAAUUUUGUUGGUGGUGAUAUCUAUUUUAUAGCUGAGAUGCUGCGUUCCACAGUUCGGUACUGGGACAAGUGAGGUUUCAGUUCUAUGUUACUAUCGAUGUAAAUUUUGCAAUUAUCUUUCUCUUUACCUCUGUCCAAAAUUGUGUAAAGAAGGAAAAACCAGUAUUUAGUUUACUAAUGAGUUUUAAGUUUAUGAUAUUGGAAUAAUUUAUGAUA